AUGAAAAAUGCCACUCAGACAUCUUCUCGUGAGAGGAGACGUCAUUGUAAGACUACCAGCCGUCUACAUCAACUUGACCCAUUUCUAGACGGUGAGAACAUCCUGAGAGUAGGAGGUCGCUUGAGAAGGUCUGAAACUUCGUUCACAAACAAACAUCCCGCCAUCCUACCUCAAAGUCAUGUUACAGACCUGAUUGUAGCUCAUUGUCAUGAAGAAGUUGCUCAUCAGGGAAGAGGCAUGACUACUAACUGUAUCAGAUCCCAUGGUUAUUGGAUAUUGGGUUGCAGUAAUCUUGUAUCCAAGCUCAUCUCUCGAUGUGUUACCUGUCGGAAACUACGACGACCAACACAGGUACAAAAAAUGGCGGAUCUACCAAAGGAUCGUCUAGCCUCUGAACCGCCAUUUUCUUACUGCGGUAUGGAUUGCUUUGGACCAUGGAUAAUCAGAGAAGGCAGAAAGGAGGUAAAGAGAUAUGGCCUUCUUUUUACUUGUAUGUCAUCGCGUGCAAUCCACAUAGAAGUACUGAACUCAUUGUCCACUGAUGCUUUCAUUAACGCCCUUCGACGUUUUAUCUCUGUUCGUGGUCCUGUUCGUCAACUCAGGUCGGACAGAGGGACAAAUUUUGUUGGUGCCAAGAAUGAACUCGUGAAAGCUUGGAAGGAGAUGAAUCAUGAGAAAGUUAAACAGCAUCUGCUCAGAGAAGGAUGCGAUUACUUUGACUUCACCUUCAACUUCCCCUACUCAAGCCACAUGGGAGGAGCUUGGGAAAGGCAAAUACGUACUGUUCGUAGAGUCUUGGAAGCAUUGCUGUGUCAAAAUAGUCAGCAACUGGACGAUGAUUCACUGCGAACAUUGCUAUGUGAGGCAGCAGCUAUUGUGAAUAGUCGUCCACUGUCUGUAGAAUUCCUGAAUGAUCCAUCUCACCUAGAGCCCAUAACUCCAAAUCUAUUGUUGACUCAAAAAUCAAGGGUAAUACUUCCGCCACCUGGUAUUUUUCCUCGGGAGGACUUAUACGCAAAGAAACGUUGGAGAAGGGUUCAACAUCUAGCAAAUGAGUUUUGGUCCCGAUGGAGAAAGGAAUUUCUGAGUCAACUUCAAUCAAGAAAUAAAUGGACUGUUCCACAGCGCGACAUGAGGGUUGGCGAUAUCGUGUUAAUCAAAGAUGAGAAUGUUCCCAGAAAUAUGUGGUCUCUGGGGAGAAUUGUUGAAACAUAUGCUUCUGGUGACACUCAUGUUCGCAAAGUGAAAAUUGCAGUAGGUAAUUCGAAACUGAACAAUCAAGGAAAGCGUGUUUCUCCACUGUGUCAUCUCGACCGCCCAAUUCAUAAACUGGUUCUUUUGAUCACGCAAGAAGACCAAGUAUAA